UCCAGGUACCCCUCCUGCCCGUGGGGAUCGUCCCCCUAUGGAUGUCCCCGUACAGAUUUUCCGUGAGGAGCCGGACUCCACGUGUUCCCCACGGCCCUGCCGCCCCCCCAGCACCAGCAGCAGCUGGACCGCGGGCUGGGCAGACUAUGACAGCAACGCCACCGGGGCCUUUGGGGACAGCCAGCACAACCACACCAGCAUCUCCCCCGCCAUCCCCAUCAUCAUCACCGCUGUCUACUCCGCGGUCUUCGUUGUUGGCUUGGUGGGAAACUCCCUGGUGAUGUUUGUCAUCAUAAGGUACACAAAGAUGAAGACAGCCACCAACAUCUACAUCUUCAACCUGGCCAUGGCAGACGCGCUCGUUACCACAACCAUGCCCUUCCAAAGCACCGAGUACCUGAUGAACUCCUGGCCCUUCGGUGAUGUGCUGUGCAAAAUUGUGAUUUCUAUUGACUAUUACAACAUGUUCACCAGCAUUUUCACGCUGACCAUGAUGAGUGUUGAUCGAUACAUYGCCGUGUGUCACCCUGUGAAGGCUCUGGACUUCCGUACUCCUCUCAAAGCAAAGAUAAUCAACAUCUGUAUCUGGCUGCUGUCCUCAUCCGUCGGAAUAUCAGCAAUUGUUCUYGGAGGCACCAAAGUCAGGGAAGACACAGCUAGCACUGAAUGCUCUUUGCAGUUUCCAGACAGAGAUUACGUCUGGUGGGACAUCUUCAUGAAAAUCUGCGUCUUUGUCUUUGCGUUCGUUAUUCCGGUUCUCAUUAUAAUUGUUUGCUACACUCUGAUGAUCCUGCGCCUGAAAAGCGUGCGGCUUCUCUCAGGCUCUCGAGAGAAAGAUCGAAACCUGCGUCGCAUCACCAGGUUGGUUCUGGUGGUUGUGGCRGUUUUUAUCAUCUGCUGGACUCCCAUUCACAUUUUCGUGCUGGUUGAAGCCUUAGGGGACGUGUCCCACAGUACUGCUGCCAUCUCCAGCUACUACUUCUGCAUUGCUUUGGGCUACACCAACAGCAGCCUCAAUCCAAUCCUCUACGCGUUUUUGGAUGAAAACUUCAAGAGAUGCUUCAAGGACUUCUGCUUCCCCUUCAAGAUGAGGAUGGACAGGCARAGCACCAGCAGAGUCAGAAAUACUGUGCAAGACCCAGCUUACAUGAGGGAAGCAGGUGGGGCAAACAAACCUGUAUGACUAGUCGUGGAAAUGUCAUCUUACUGUCCUCAAGAGAGAGAGGAGUCCAACGACCUGGGACUGACGCAGAUUACUACUGCAGUUUGAACUCAACUCACCCAGAGAGACAUUUCAGGAAUAUUUCAGAAAUCCCAGCAGUUUGAACUAAAUCAAAUUUGUUAUUGAUAAACAAGAAUAUCCUGAAAACAAGCUCGAAUGAAAAGGACCUGGCUGAUGGUCAGGUUUUGGCACUGUGUUUGUUGUACUUGAGGCAGCACUAAAACACGCUUUUGCAGCACGAAGAGAYGGUGUUGCACCAGGAGACUCUGAUAAGAAGAGUUCUGGCUCUUCUCUUUACAAUACGUAACAGUAUAUUAAGCAACAUUUGGUCAUAAAACUGAGUUAUACCAGAAACUUCUGCCCCAAGAGUGAUUACUUCUAAAGGGUAGAGCUUGACAACUUGAUCCUCUUUGACAGUGAAGAGUGYUAGGUUUCUCUGAACAAUGCCAGAGCUAUAAUCAAUAUUGUCCUCAAUUAAUAUAUCUGUAACCCUUGUCUGUGCUGUGARAAUCCAAUUUAAGCAUGAUCUACCUGCAUACCAAAGUGAUUUYAUUGUGUCUGUAUAUGGUAAAGCCUUUUGGCCUUCAAAAGUAUUGGAAWAUAAGGAGAAUUGUUAGCACAUGUUAAAUCAUCUGUGUGUAAUGUUUUGUAUGCGUAAUUUUCCGAGGUGAUUGUUUCUUUUUGAGUCUGAAUAAUUUAAUAUGCAUUUUCAGAGUAUAUAUUGARUAAGGGGCUAGAAAACUUCAAAUGUUUCACUUGUCACAAAAUUGAUGCAAAGCCCUGUUACAUUCAUUAUAUGGAGGAAACUCUGGUCUAUCUUGUUUUCCUGGACAAUUUGUAAGCAGACUGGAAUAAAUAUUUGACAAACUAGUAAAGUAGCACAUGAACGAACUGGAUUGAUAC